GCUGCGCGGCGGCGGGGCGGCGGCGCAGGCGCGCUGCGCGGGCCGCACCGACUCCGGGCGCCGCUUCCUGGCAGCAGGCCCCGGCGGCCCCGGCAGCGCCGGGCGGAGCCCGCGCCCUCGGCCCCGCGGGACGGGACGGGACGGGACGGGACGGGCCGCGCCCGCCGCCGCCGCCGCCGCCCCGCAGCGCGGCACAGCGCGGCGCAGCGCAGCGCACGGCCGCGGCGGGCAGCGGAACCCCGGGGCGGCGGCGGCCGCUUUGUUUCCUCCUCCCCUUCCGCCGCCGCCGCCGGCCCAGCCGAGCCCGGAGGCCCCGCCGGCGCCGCAUGGAGUACGCGGCGGCGGGCUGAGCGCCCCGCGCUGCCCUCGCCCCCGCCGCCGGGCCGCGGCGCACCGCAGCCGCGGGAGGUCUCAUGGUACCGAGUGACGUGCGGCUCCUGUGAGAUUCGGUGGCCCGACCCCCCUGAGAAGAUGUCAGGGAUGCAGGCCGUUUGGCCGUCCGGUACAGAAUGUAUCGCCAAGUACAACUUCCACGGUACCGCCGAGCAGGACCUGCCGUUCAGCAAAGGGGACGUCCUCACCAUCGUCGCUGUCACCAAGGAUCCCAACUGGUACAAGGCGAAGAACAAGGUGGGCCGGGAAGGCAUCAUCCCUGCUAACUACGUGCAGAAGCGGGAAGGAGUGAAAGCUGGGAUCAAACUCAGUCUCAUGCCGUGGUUCCACGGGAAGAUCACGCGGGAGCAGGCGGAGCGGCUGCUGUACCCGCCGGAGACGGGGCUCUUCCUCGUGCGCGAGAGCACCAACUACCCCGGCGACUACACCCUGUGUGUGAGCUGCGAGGGCAAGGUGGAGCACUACCGCAUCAUUUACUCCUCCAGCAAGCUGAGCAUCGACGAGGAGGUCUACUUCGAAAACCUCAUGCAGCUGGUGGAGCAUUACACCACGGACGCCGACGGGCUCUGCACGCGCCUCAUCAAGCCGAAGGUGAUGGAGGGCACGGUGGCCGCGCAGGACGAGUUCUCCCGGAGCGGCUGGGCCCUCAACAUGAAGGACCUCAAGUUGCUGCAGAUCAUUGGCAAAGGGGAGUUUGGAGACGUGAUGCUGGGUGACUACCGGGGCAACAAAGUCGCCGUGAAGUGCAUCAAGAACGACGCCACGGCGCAGGCCUUCCUGGCGGAGGCGUCCGUGAUGACGCAGCUCCGGCACAGCAACCUGGUGCAGCUCCUGGGGGUGAUCGUGGAGGAGAAGAGCGGCCUUUACAUCGUCACCGAGUACAUGGCCAAGGGCAGCCUGGUGGACUACCUGCGGUCGCGCGGGAGGUCGGUGCUCGGCGCGGACUGCCUGCUCAAGUUCUCCUUAGACGUCUGCGAAGCCAUGGAGUACCUGGAAGCAAACAACUUCGUCCACCGGGACCUGGCGGCCCGGAACGUGCUGGUCUCGGAGGACAACAUCGCCAAGGUCAGCGACUUCGGCCUGACCAAGGAGGCGUCGUCCACGCAGGACACGGGGAAGCUGCCGGUGAAAUGGACGGCGCCGGAAGCACUUAGGGAAAAGAAAUUCUCCACCAAGUCGGACGUGUGGAGCUUCGGGAUCCUCCUGUGGGAAAUCUACUCCUUCGGGCGAGUGCCUUAUCCGCGAAUCCCCCUGAAGGACGUGGUGCCCCGCGUGGAGAAGGGCUACAAGAUGGACGCCCCCGACGGCUGCCCGGCCGCCGUCUACGAGGUGAUGCGGCGCUGCUGGACGCUGGACCCCAGCCACCGGCCGGCCUUCCGCCAGCUCCGCGAGCAGCUAGCGCAUAUCAAAGACAAGGAGCUCUACCUGUGAGGGCGGGGCCUCGCGAGGGGCGGGGCUUGGGCACGCCCCGCCCACACAAGCCCCGCCUCCUCGCUCCCGUCCCCCGCGGGGAGCGGGGGCAGCGCCCCGGGGCAGGACCAGCCCCACAGCGGCGGCGGGGUGGGGGGGUCCCCCCUGCUCCCUCCCCCCCACGCUCGCUUCCAAACUUCCAAAUCGGUCUUUUUAUUUUGGGUCAGGUUUUUUGGAUUUUUGUUUCUCCCACGCUCUGGUUUUUUUUUGGAUUUUUGGGUGUUUUUCAUUGUUCUCCAUUUGUUCUUUUUUUUUUUUUUGGUGUUUUUUUAUUAUUUCAAGCCGGCCCCAGCCGAGCGCUGGGCGUUUUACUAAAGUACGAAUCUUAUUUUUUAAUGUAAUUAAAUAAGAAAAAAAAGAAAAAAAAAAGGGAGGAGCGAAGACGGUUAAUAAGGAAGAGAAUAAUAAAAGAAAUAAGCCAAUGAAAUGGACACGCAAAAAGAAAAAACCCCGACGACAGAAGUGAUGGUUCCGGAGGGGAGGCCGGCCUCGCCUGCACGGGCGCCCGGCUUCCCGCAGCCGCUUUUUGGGUUGUUUUGCUUUAAACUUGUCGCAAUGUUUGCAUGCUGUCUCCAGAGGCCUUUUUUCCAGUCCUGUCCAGUGCUUUAUCUCAUGUAAUGCUACCGACUGUGAGAUUAAAACGGUAAUAAAAACCA